AUGACCACUAAUAAUUCUUCUAUAUCAAGUGACAGAACCAUUAGCUCCAUAGAACAUAGGAGUCGGCAUAAAGAAAAGGAAGAGUUGGUAGAAAGUGAUGAAGAAUUGAUUACAAGCAGUGAUGAUUAUGUUCCCGAGAAUGCUUCGAAUGGUGACAACAAUGUUGAUAGAAGCGAAAAAGAAAAAGAGUUUGAUGAAUCCCAAACACCAGGCAAGCAGAAAAGCAAAGAAAUCUCCAACAAAGCUAAGGUUAAUCAUGGUAUGGUCACUGUAAUGACCACUAAUAAUUUUUCUAUAUCAGGUGACAGAACCAUUAGCUCCAUAGAACGUAGGAGUCGGCAUAAAGAAAAGGAAGAGUUGGUAGAAAGUGAUGAAGAAUUGAUUACAAGCAGUGAUGAUUAUGUUCCCGGGACUGAUUCGGAUGAUGAAAGUUCAUCACAUUCGGAAGUAGGUGUAAGUCCAUUGCCAAAAAGGAGUAACCAGAAUGUUGUUAGAAGUGAAAAAGAAAAAGAGUUUGAUGAAUCCCAAACACCAGGCAAGCAGAAUAGCAAAGAAAUCUCCAACAAAUCUAAGGUUAAUCAUGGUAUGGUCACUGUAAUGACCACUAAUAAUUCUUCUAUAUCAAGUGACAGAACCAUUAGCUCCAUAGAACAUAGGAGUCGGCAUAAAGAAAAGGAAGAGUUGGUAGAAAGUGAUGAAGAAUUGAUUACAAGCAGUGAUGAUUAUGUUCCCGAGAAUGCUUCGAAUGGUGACAACAAUGUUGAUAGAAGCGAAAAAGAAAAAGAGUUUGAUGAAUCCCAAACACCAGAAACAGAUCGAAAUGAAAAGUUAUGCCUUAAAAAACGAGAACCCACUAAGGAUACCAAGAUCCUUGUUUAA